GUUUUUAAAUUAAAAUUCAAAGGGGUGAAAUUGGUGAAAUCAAGAAUAUCUUUGAGAAUUUUGGAAUUUUGGAAGGAAGAGAAGAGAUGUCUGCCGUUGAGAGCGCCUUGGAUGUCCUCUCCAGGGCGGCCACUAUGGUGCAAGAGGAGAGGCCAAAGACGACGAAUCUCCACCGGAAACCAAGUAGCGCGUGGCGCAAAGAGCGUAGGAGGGAUCCAAUUCAAAGUGAAGCCCUAGACAUGUCUGCGGCCCGGGUCCAUCAUCAUCACAGCAGGCCCAGCGUGAUUGUGCCUACCACACCGCAACCUGGAACAACCAUUGAAGACACGGCAGUAACGCCCACCCCAUCGUUGACGCCGUCGGCAGCAGCAGGAGGCCAAAGAACUGGGAUCAGAGUCGUAGGUGGUGUGAGUGAUCCUGCAAUAGACGAGCAUUUCAAACGAUCCUUAGGUCUGGAAGAGUACGCUGCAGUUUUCAACGCCACCUCUACGGAUAAAGAGGCUGGUCUCAGUGUGGAUGAUCAUUUUGCAAAAGCUCUUGGAGAAACUUGGACGAGGCUACAAGCCACUAGCAGAAACAAGGACUCAAUCUAACUGCUGGACAGUUAACCAAAAAUCCGUAUUAUUAUUGUGUCGUUGCCGUUUUUCAUUGUGACAUUUAAUAUGACAAAAUUUCAUCACUUGUUUAAUUAACCCACAGAGCAAUAUGAAAUUGCUAUUAAUAUUUGUAGAAGACACAUAAGUGGGAGCAAGCAACGAACUCUUUAUUAUUAAUAUUAUUAUCAUUACUAUUAUUAUUUGGCUCGCAUGGAACGCAGACGCAGACCUAAGUGUCCUUCAACUAUCACAGAUACUCUUAGGUAUUAUUGACGAUAUAUCGUGACCUGUGCUCGCGAUUUUUUUAACUCCUUGCGACAAUUGUAUUCGAAAUAUUGUAUAUAUAGACGCGUAUUCUUUUAAUCAUGCCAUCAUCGUGGCCCUAGAGGUCUCAAAUUAUUUAUUAUACGAUGUACCAUACUGCCUCGCUAAAUAGUAGAUCUGUUCAUUCUUUCUAUCUUCUUUUUUGCUGUGAUAUUAAAAAAAAUUGAUAUAUAUCUAUACCAAUAUUUUGAUUUUUUUAUUUUAUUUUGAUAACAUAAUAAAAUUAAUUGUUUAUUUUUUGAUGAAAAAUUUAUAUAUAUUGAUUAAGGUAACACGAAAAAUUGCAAACAGAAGCAUUUUAUUUUUUUUAACUUUCAGACUAGAAAUGGAAAAUAUUGGAAUAUCAAAUUUAAUUCGUUACAAGAUCGAUAUAGAAUUCAAAUUACCGCAGCUAUUAGAAGAAAGAGUAUGAUGAACGGAGCGACUUGUUUGUAAUUAAUUAUUAUAAUUCGUUUAGACGUAUUACAUAUAUGUAUAUAUGUAUUACGUAUAUAAAUAUAUAUAUUGUAUAUAUUAUAUAUUGUAUAUUACGAUACAUAUAUAUAGUUAAUACGUAAUUAUAGAAAACCGAGAAUCUUUAUAAAGAAUGUAAAGGAUAUAUAAUAAGCGCGAAACCGUAUGAACUGAUCGUUGCACAAACUUGUAACACGUGUUCACUUCGUGUGUAUCUAUAUAUAUAUAAUAUUAUAAUGAUAUAUAACAAUAUAUAACAAUAUUAUAGUAUAUAUAUAUUUAUACACGUCAUAUUAAAGAGAAGAGAAGGAAAGAAUGAAAGAGAAUACAUAAGAAGAUUAUUGAUAA